GUCUUGUUUCUAUAAAUAAUAUUUCAUUAUUAUUUAUUUGUAUACAUUUUCUUUUCAUUCUGGUAGAUUUAAGAAGAAGUGUGUCAUUAUUUAAAUAAAAUAUAAAAUGAGUGAAGAAUUAAAUAGCAACGUUAAAGAAAUGAGACAGUUGUAUUCUAUGUUCCACCAAGAAUAUACUAUAAUGGCAGAGUAUCGUAUGCUCCAAACUGAAAACUUGCAAGGUAUUUACGUUAUACCUUCAUAUGAAAACUCACUCAUAUGGUUCGGUGUAAUCUUUGUUAGAACUGGCCAUUAUGAAGGAGGUGUUUUUAGAUUUACAUUGGCUUUACCAGAUAAGUUUCCAGAUGAUGAUCUUCCUGUUGUAACAUUUGUAUCAAACCUGUAUCAUCCAGCUGUGGAGCCUAAUACUGGAAUUCUACAUUUAAAUGAAGUUUUUCCACAAUGGGACAGGAAGCGCAACCAUGUUUGGCAGCUUUUAAAAUACAUAUACUGGAUAUUUCAUAACUUGAAUAUUAAAGUGCCAGCAAAUGUAGAAGCUUCAGUUGUAUACAAAACUAACAGAAAAGCAUUUAUAGACAAAGUGAAAGAAUGUGUAGCAUCAAGUAUUGAUCACAUUUAUGAUGAUCCCCCUAUAGAUGACAAACAUUACAUAACUUUUAAACCAUAUGAUCCAGAGGUUCAUGACACUGCCAAAAAUGUAAUGCUCAGACCACCGAAACCAAAUGAAGGACUUUCACAAGGAAUAUCUUGGGUACAGCCAGGGUCAUACCAACCUUUUUCUAAAGAGGAAACAACAUGAGCAAGUAGUAUUAAUGGAUAUAAUAUUUAUUUAUUUUGCCAUAUAAGGUGCGAAUCUGAGAGCCUGUAUUUGAAGCAGUACUAGGCCCUAAGGAGAGCACAAGGCCUAUGGCGUCAGCUAUAAUAAGUAUAAGUAAUGCUUCAGACAAAUUUCUCCAGAGUUGUCCUUGAAGUCAUGAUCCAUUAAGUCAAUCUGAACAUAUUACACACUGUAAAGAAGAAGGGUUAUGUUCUGAUAGGCUUUCAACCACUCUUUCAAUGUAUAGACAUUGAUGGGUUGCAUAGUCCAAAAGUUAAUCCUCAUCCCCAGCUGCAGCAAGUCAAGAUGAGUUGAAAAGGCCCGGCAUAUACUGAGACAUGUUGCCGGCACAAUCUAUUUAUGGCCCAAUCAUCUACAAUGGGUUAAUGUUGACACAUCCAAGGGAAUAAUUUAUAAAAAAUGACAUUGAUCAUUACAUAUUUUAUAAAUUAUAUUAUUUGUUUCAUACUUUGGUCUAACAAACAUCUGCAUAUUAUUUUUUUUCUCAAUAUCUAAUGUACAGAUAUUGUAUGUAUUGCCUGUUACAAUGUAUAGAUACUAAAUUCUCUUGACGUAAUUUCCAAAACAAUUCCCCAACAAAUCCGCUUACUAAGGUUUCUAAAAAUUCCUGAUAAAAUUACUAUUUCUAGUUAAUUAACAAUAAAACAAAUAGUUUAGUUAAAUAAUGUACUAUGAUAAAUACUGGAGCCUACUAUGUCAAUGGAAAAUCGAGAAUACAUCCAGCUUCAUCUUACCAUUCCUUGAUGGUCGAUGUAAUAGAAAUAUUCUCUAAUAUUUGGUACGGGUUCCUGCCCUUGUUUAUAGGUUAUAAAUCUACUUU